UAAAUAUUUAAAUUGGUUUAAAAAGUAACAGAGCGUUUUUCUUUUAAACACACAUUUUUUGGAUUUACUGUUUCAGUUCCACUACAGAGCCAACACUUCAACAUGGGAGCCACAUCAUUAAUCAUCUGUAUUUUCAGUCUUGUUUCAUAUGCCAUAGCAGUACCAGUAACAUGCAGUGUGGAUGAUGUGGGCAUUAAGGGGGGAUCAUUUCAUGUGAUUGGGACUGGAUUUGGUAGCAAACUUCAAUAUGUGUGUCCUGAAAAUGAAUAUCCCCACCCCAUGCAAAGACGGAUAUGUGAGAGGACUGGAGAGUGGACACGACUUAAAACUAUUGAUGGAUUAUUUUACAACAGAAAACCAGAAUGUAGAAAGAUCAUAUGUCCAGACCCCUUAGGGUUCGAGCAUGGGUCAGUUGAGCCAUUUGAUCUCCAGUAUUAUAUAGGACAGACCACCACCUAUCAGUGCUUUGAUGGAUAUGUGCUGCAUGGCUCAGAAAGCCGGACGUGCCAGCCUCAUGGAAAGUGGAAUGGAACCACGCCAAUCUGUGUCAGAAGAUCUGAAGAGGAGGCCUGUACAGACCCAGGAGUUCCUGCUGGUAGCACCCGAACUGGAGAUAACUUUGACAUUGAUGACAAGGUGACAUAUGAAUGCAAAUCAGGGAUGAUUUUAUUUGGAUCCAAAGAACGGGUUUGUCAGGAGUCUGGAGAAUGGACUGGCUCAGAACCAGCCUGCUACUAUUCUUAUACAUAUGACACACCAGAUGAAGCAGCGUCUGAACUGGGCUCCUCUCUCAACGCUUUGUUGGAGGUGUCAGACCCUGAAAAGCCUAACAUUAAAAAGGAUCAUUCAAGGAGGAUAAUCUUAAAGCAAGGGAGCACACUUCACAUCUAUAUUGUUUUAGAUACAUCAGACAGUGUUCAAGAGGAGUUUGAAAAAUCAAAAGAGAGUAUAAUGGACUUGAUGGACAAGAUAAGUGCAUAUGAGGUUUCCCCAAAAUAUGCAAUUUUUUCCUUUGCAUCAAAAACAAUAACAGUUGUUGACAUUGCUGACAAAAAGAUGGAUCCUGCUCAAGCCAGACAGAAGCUAGAAGAUUUUCAAUCUACAGAACAUGAGGAUCAGACUGGAACAAAUAUAAGGGGUGCAAUGGAGAAAGUAUAUGUGAUGAUGAGUGCUCAGAAAGCAACACUGAAAGACUUUAAUGAAGUUAGGAAUGUUAUCAUAUUAAUAACUGAUGGAAGAGUGAAUAUGGGUGGAGAUCCUUACCCUGUUGUCAGGCAAAUUCAGUAUCUAGUUGGGACAAAUGCUUCAGGAGAUGCAAGAGAUGAAUAUCUGGAUAUUUAUGUCUUUGGAGUUGGAGACGUUGAUAAGGACAUUAUUAAUAAAAUGGCAUCACACAAAACCAGUGAGGAGCAUGCCUUUGUUCUAAACAGUCAUUUAGAUUUGAAGGAAACCUUCGAGAAAAUGAUUGAUGAAUCAGACAGUGUUGCAUUAUGUGGUCUUCACAAGGAGUCACAAGGCUUGAAAACAUCGAAGCAAGAGAAUUAUCCUUGGCAUGUUUCCAUCACAAUAACACGACCACAGAAAGCAGAAUCAUGCAAAGGAUCAAUUGUUGGAAAUCUCUAUGUUUUGACCUCUGCUCACUGUUUCAUGCCAGAGGAUGAUGAAGGCAGCGUUAAAGUGAUAAUUGAUGACAGGGAUGCUGAAAAUCCUGAUAAACCAAUAGUGAAAUCAGUGGAGUCAAUCCUGUUGCAUCCUAAAUACAGCAUUUACUCAAAGAAGAAUGAGAAUAUUCCAGAAUUCUAUGACUACGACAUCGCUAUCGUUGUACUUAAAGAUGACGACAACAACAAAAUAAAAUUUUCACAAAAAGCACGUCCUAUUUGUGUUCCCUGCACUGAAGAGUCAAGAAGAGCACUGAGGCUGCAGCCUGGAACAUCCUGCAAAGAUCAAAUGGAUGUGCUGUUCUUCCAGGAUAUUGUAGAUGCAUUUUUUAUGACAACGGAAAACAAGGACUUGAAAAAUAUGAACGUAAAAAUAAAACUAAGAAACCAGCCUAAACGAAAAUGUGAUGAAGACGCAUUAAAGGCUCCUCUGUACUCAAAACUACAAGACUGGAAGGAGGUGGUGACCGACAGAUUCCUCUGCACAGGAGGCACUGACCCAGAAAUCGAUGAGGUCACAUGCAAAGGAGAUUCUGGAGGUUCUCUUGUAAUUAAAAGGAAAAGAAGAGCAUUUCAGGUUGGAGUGAUAAGCUGGGGUAACAAAGAUAUGUGUGCGCAGAAGCGCAAGAGUUCAGAUGUUGAUUCCCGUGACUACCACAUCAACCUUCUUGAAGUACAAGACUUUCUAAAACCGCACCUUAAGCAUCUCCAAUUCAUUAAUUAAAUUGUGUAGCUAUCAAAAAUGAACAAAAAAAUAAUGAAAUAUAUAACAAAACAAUACAUAGCGCAUGUUUUCUUUAUUCUCUUUCAUGUCCUGGUUGAUUAAUGAACUGGGAUAUACUGGGAAAUACUGAAAAUUUAAGUCGUCUUCUAUCACAAUACUGGGAAACUGUAAUUUACCUACCAUAAUGUAUUGUGAACAGUAAUAUUUUUUUUCAAUUUGAACUAAAAUAGAACAAUACUUGGCAGCAUUAAGUAUGUUUAAUUUCAGUUUGCUGCAGAAUUUGUGUACUGUUAUGCGACAGCAAUUAAAUUUUCUUUCUCUCAUGACA